AUGGAACCCCGAACGGUCCAGGAGGCCUAUGAUCUCCAGGCAAUCGCAACGCCGCAGGCGCCUGCGAUUCGUGCCCCUGGGUAUUAUGAGCUGACAUACGAAGGUUUAGUGGGGCGCAGUCACUCUUUGGCGAGCGGCUUGGCGGCCCGCUUGGCGCAGUCCCGUGGCUGCGUUGCUCUUUUUGUAGACAGGACGCAUCGCGACUUCCUGCCGCUCUGCUUGGCGUGUGCUCGCUGUUACCGGCCCUUUGUCCUGCUCAGUACCGACCUUCCGGACAAGCAGGCAGAAGGUCAGCGCAACUGCUUCCUGUUGGAGACGCUGCGCCCAUCCUUGAUCGUUACCGACACCGCGGAGCGAAUGGCAACGACUCCCAGCGAUGGUAUGGACUGGAUCUCCCUAGAAGAUUCGCUUCUGGAUGACACCAAUUCAGGCCAGCCGCUGACUCUGGUGAAGACGAGUGGAUCAGGUGAAGACCCUUCAGAACGCAUUUUCUGCUUGAUGUGUACAGGAGGGAGCCGUCAGCUCAAGAUUGCCAAAGUGUCGCAUGUGGUGGUCCUGACGGACGUGCGAUAUUAUCCCAAUGUAUGCAAUCUCCGUCGCCGCCUGGAGGGUGGGCAACCCCGCGUGUUGCAACAACUGCGCAACUACUGGGCCGCGUCGAGUGUAGGGACGCUGAGCCUGUGUUUGGCCUUCGGUGGCUGCGCCGUGGUCACCACCACAGCAGACGCAGCGGAGCUGCGGCGUUUAGUGAUCUCAGAGCGAGUGGAUGUUGUUGGCAUGGUGCCUGAUCAGUUGAGGCUCUUGGCUGAGGACCCUUGCAAGGAGCUUCCCUGGAUGCGGCUGGUUAUGACCUGGGGCGAACGAUUUCCAGGGUCUUUGGUCGACCGCUGGCGAGGUCACCCCGGACUGGUUCUGGAGCUCUUUGCCGCGACGGAGUUCUGGCUGGGUUUUGUUGGGCAGCCUGUUGCAGAGUACACCGACCGCGGCGGAGGUGGCUGUCUUCUUCGGUCUGCUGGUUCUCACGUCUCUUACUUGGUUCUGGACGAUGCGAUGAUGCCGGUGCCUGAGGGCGAUGUCGGGGAGCUCUUUCUCGCCGGCCCUUUUGUGAUUCCAGGCUACGUGGACGAGGCCACCACUGAAGCCAGCUUCCUCUCCAUACAUGGCCAGCGUUACUACCGCACGCGGGACAGGGUCCUGGUAGCACCUGGCGGAAUUAUUUACCACUCCCGCGCGGAUCACCGAGCCAAGCGUGGAGGUCAGUGGGUCGACCUUGCUGUUACUGAGAAAGCACUGCAGGGCAUUGUGGGCAUCAAAGAGGUCUGCGCUGUCGAGGACAACAGCGGACUUUGUGCAUUCUUGUCCAUCGAUGCCAGCUGCCUCCGGAUCUCUUCCGGGUUGGCCACAGCUGCGAAAGCCAUUCGCCGAGUGAGGGAGCUGCUUCCGUCGCGGAGCUUUCUGCAGCUGCUUCCAGAGCUGCCGCGGAAUCCCACCGGCAAGAUUCACCUUCAGGCGCUGGAGCAGCGCUGGGAAGGGCAGUCGCGUGCGCGCCAGGCCAAGGCAGCCCAGCCGCAUUUGCGCCAGAGGCUCCAGGCUGUGUGCUGUCAGCACGCGCUGUGUGGCAUCGCUGCCCUCUUCAUCGCAGUUGGUGGAGAUGCCUUCGGAGCAGGCCUUCGGCAACUCAGCGCGCAAGGCGCGUCCCAGCUUGGCACGACUCAAUGGCCUCUCCUUCGAGCACUUGGCAUGGCCUACUCCUGGCUAGCCAUGGCGCAGCUCUCGCACAGCAGCGUCCGGCUGAACGCCGCUUGGGCAUGCUAUCAGUUGGCAAGCAUUGGCGCCGCGGUGGCCGCGCGCCGUCGUCGACUCGCGGCCUGGCCUUUGGUCUUCUGGCUUGGUGUCGGCACACAGCUCCACUACGAAGUGUGCCAGGCCUCCGCGAGGGUCUGGGCGGCCGUGCUGAGGCUCUUGGGAGAUGGCGCGGAUGAGGCAAGCUGCCUGGAAAUGGUGGCCUUCGAGAAUGCCAGCGCUGCCGCCUCGCCAGUUCGGACAAAGUUCUCGAACGAGACAGCAGAAGUGGUUUUCUCCGAGUCCGAUUCGGACCGGGCUCUGCAGACCUUCCGCAUCCGCCCUGAUGGCCCUGAUGGGCCUGAUGGCGCGGCGGAGCGCGGCGAGCGACGAAACACCGCGACGCUCUCGCCCUUGGAGCAUCGAGCCUUUGAGCUGCUCCAGCAGAUCCUCCCUGUGGCUGACGUAAACGACCCACUGACGCUGGACAGCCUCCGGGCUGGUUGGCUCACCGGUGCAUUUCAGAGCCUCGGGAAGGCGGUGGACGCGGCAGCGGUUCAACAGGCUGCCAGCGUGAGCACCCUUCUGUCUUUGGUGAAGGCUGCCCCAGCUUUGCCUGCAUCCGCCCCGGAACCGAAAACCGCCGAGUACAUCCUCUUCAUCAAGCCGAACCAUUUCUCGCAGCCCCUGUUGUGGUUGGCACGGACAGAGAGGGCAAUCGAUGCUGCCACGCUGCGCGGCGCUGUGAAGGAGCUGGUGUGCUGCCACCCAGGCCUCCGAGCUCGCAAUGCCGAUCCCAUCGCCCUUCGUAACUUUGUGCGUAACUGCGCCUCCCUGCUGAUGAUGGUGAUGUCGAAGUCGAGGCUCAGUUCUCUCCUGGGAGGCACCUUGUUGAGAUGCUGGCCGAGGGUGGUGGUGGCGCCGGCUGAUGGCACUGUUGGCACUGUUGGCCGCUUCCAGGUCUUCCAAGUUCAGGGCCAGGAUGACCUCGAGCACCGGGUGCAGAGCGGUUGGCAGUUUCACACCUGGCAGCGGGAGCCAUUUGAGAUUUGGCUGCUGCAGCUCAGCGUGGCGCUGGAGGGCGCGUGGGAUUGCGAUGGUGGACAAGUCCGCGUCACCCGAAACGAGGAUGGAGAACUCAUCUAUGUCGACUCAGUUCACUUGAAGGGGCAAGUGGUCCUGCGCACACCUGAGCAUCCCUUGAGCCCAGCACCGCCCACAUCAUUUCGGCCCCUCUAUUCUGGGCAUCUUGAUGGUGCAUCAGUGUGGCUGCGGAUCUCUUCUCCUGGCAACAUGCAGGUCUGCCUGCAACGCACGCCGGAGUCGGAGAUGCACACCUUCGCAGUCACCAGGCUGCCCCAACCAGGCGAUCCUGUUCACAAGGUGAAUUUCGUGCUGUUUCUUUGCCUUCACACCAUCGCAGAUGGCUACAGCUUUUCGGCUUUCGCCGCAGACCUCUUUGACAUCUAUGAGGCUCUGGCGAAGAAGACCCUUGAGAUGCCACCGGCCAAGAACGACGAGUUGAGCAUUCUGGAGAGUCGCGUGAAGGAGGCACUCUUCCAAUCCGACGAUCCCAUGCGGCACUCCCUUCGCGGGAAUCUCUGGGGCAUCACCUGCAGAGGGUACACUUGCGGCCUCGUGAUCCAAGGACGCACCCUGUUGGUUCUCAAGGCAGUGGCCCAGAGUUAUGCCGUGCCGAUGAACCACCUCUUGCUGACCUUGGUUUCCGUGGCCAAAGCCCGAGCCAGCGCCUGCUCGGAGGUGGACCUGACAAUGUAUGUCCCAAUGCGAGACGGCUUGGAAGCUGGGAUGGCGGGUCUUUUUGCUGACUGGCGCGACAUUUGCGUACCAACGGCCUUGGCCGACAGUACGAUCCUCGGCGUGCUGCUGCACGUGACGGACAUCCUCAGGAUGCGCCGCUGGACUAUCUACGAUGCGCGCCGAAAGCCAGAGCAGAUUUUGGUGAACUUCGACUCGAUCGAUGAUCGGCGCUAUGGGGCUGGCAUUCGCCAGGUGCCCGAGGCGAUGUGGACGCAGCCCUGGUUCGACUUUUCCAGCAAAUGGCUAAGCGUGCCCUUGCAGUUCGACAUGUGGGAAGAGCACCAGGAUCGAUGGUGCAUGGCUGCGCGAAUGUCCUACAAGAUGUACCCACCAUGCUGGUGCAGUCGCUUCCUGCAGGCGUUUCAGGAUGCGACAUGGGAUGUGGUUUUUCAGCCAUUGGAGCCUGUCCACAAGCCGUUCGCAGACUCCUGA